AUGCAGGCUGUACAGCGGUCCAUAACGGUGUUCGAGCCAAUCACAUUCAAGAGGUCCAGAGGCACCUGCGCGACAACGCAUUGGGAACCAUUCAUAUCUUACCUCCUCCCGCAACCAGCAUCUUCAGACAAGACACUUUUACCUGCCCGACUCGAUUGCUCAGCACUCCCAAGCAUCCAAUCAAACAUGGAAUAUCAACAAGCCUGCGGCGGAACAACGAGCGCCUGUCACCACCCUGUAUAUGCAACUCACAAUCAAGGUUACACACAUGCACAUCAUAUGUGGACGGCUGUACCACAGUAUCACUAUGGCUACGAGCAACACUCGCUUGCUUCGCCAGUAGGCAACACCUUCACUCAGGCUCCUGUCGUAUCUCCAAUCAAUACCACAUCAACUGAACCAAUAGCCGUUGACGGCCGGAAUGGAUUUGUGACAAUGCCACCAGGACAGCCCUUAAUAUAUCGUAGCGGAGUCGAAGCAGAUUAUGGACAACCUACAUCUCCGACAGUAGAAUUUAACGUUGACGAACUCCUGGAGUACCAAAGACGACGCAGUAGUGCCACUUCAGAGGAAAAGGAACCCCUAACACCGGCACAGCGUAGGCGAAAGGCACAGAACAGGGCCGCGUAUGUAUCGAGGUCGCCGUCUUUCUGGAGAGACUUCCCGCUAACACGUCGUGGUGGCCAUAGUCAACGAGCGUUCCGUGAUCGCAAACGCCAACGGGUACAAGACCUAGAAGCUCAACUGUCAGCGCUAGAAGUGCGAACCAAUUCUUUGGAGUCAGACAAUGAGAGGUUGAAACACGAGCUGCUUCUGACACGAGACGAAAACGAAGUUCUACGAAGCAUUACCCAGCCUCAGCAUCCAAGCAACACAUUACAACCUGAUCGACGCAGGAGAACGAUGAAAGCAGGCGGAACCGAUCUACACUUACCGCUUCAAUAA